GCUGUGCUUACCUAUUAAUCAUCAUCAUCAGAGAGAGGAUGUCGACAUCUCCACCCCCGCAAUUUAUUAAAGACGAUUGAUUCAUCCGUUCAUCCAUCAUUGGAAAAGACCUCUCCUCUCCUCUCCUCUUUCAUUUCAUUUUCCUGUUUUCCUAUUACGAUUUCUUUUAAAGAAUCUCAAAGCUCUACCCAUAACCGAAGAAAAACUAUAUCCUCCUCCACCUCUCCACAUCAAAAUGCCCACCGCAACCGCCAAAAUCGGCUCGACAGUCGUGGCCACCACAUCCACAUGGGAAACCGUCGAAGGAAAUAUUUACUUCCCACCAAGUUCAGUCGAUCGAACCGUUCUAUCUGAUUCCAAUACAUCGACCCAUUGUCCAUGGAAGGGCGAUGCUAGUUAUUACAACAUUACCGUGCCAGGUGGUAAUACGGUGAAAGAUGCGGCUUGGUAUUAUCCUCAUGCGUUCGAAAAGGCCAAACAUAUUCAGGAUUAUGUGGCGUUUUAUAAAUCCAAGGUCGAUGUUUCGGUGGCUUGAAAUCGGGAUAAUCGAAGCCUGAGUUGAUGGAAUCUAAACAAGUCUGUCUUAUUCCAGGUCACUAGGACUUCGAAUUCAUCAUAGGAUCAAAAACUAGUCGUCCAAUAAUGAGGAAUCAAUCCAUUGAUUUGGUAUAGCACUGACUAAAACCACUCGACCCGUCACAAUAUCCUAUCGUGCCUCUGCAUUCAUUCCCUAUAUCAUCGCUUUUUCUUUGCGCUAAACGACUUCAAUGGAUCGAUCUUGC